CGCAACGACUCGCUGCCGCCCACGCUGACCCCGGCCGUGCCCCCCUACGUGAAGCUCGGCCUCACAGUGGUCUACACCGUGUUCUACGCGCUGCUCUUCGUGUUCAUCUACGUGCAGCUCUGGCUGGUGCUGCGCUACCGUCACAAGCGGCUCAGCUACCAGAGCGUCUUCCUCUUCCUCUGCCUCUUCUGGGCCUCCCUGCGGACCGUCCUCUUCUCCUUCUACUUCAAAGACUUCGUGGCGGCCAAUUCGCUCAGCCCCUUCGUCUUCUGGCUGCUCUACUGCUUCCCCGUGUGCCUGCAGUUCUUCACCCUCACGCUGAUGAACUUGUACUUCACGCAGGUGAUUUUCAAAGCCAAGUCAAAAUAUUCUCCAGAAUUACUCAAAUACCGGGGUUUGCACACAUCGCUGCUCUGUGAGCCGCCAGAAGCAGUCCUGCCUGCUGGCUGGCUGCCCACAAGCAUCGUGUGCAUUGCCGGUGACAGUCAGGGCUCCUCCGUGUGUCAAGUGACUGCCAUCGGUGUCACCGUAAUACUGCUUUAUACCUCUCGGGCCUGCUACAACCUGUUCAUCCUGUCAUUUUCUCAGAACAAGAGUGUCCAUUCCUUCGAUUACGACUGGUACAAUGUAUCAGACCAGGCAGAUUUGAAGAAUCAGCUGGGAGAUGCUGGAUACGUAUUAUUUGGAGUGGUGCUAUUUGUUUGGGAACUCUUACCUACCACCUUAGUAGUUUAUUUCUUCCGAGUUAGAAAUCCUACAAAGGACCUUACCAAUCCUGGAAUGGUCCCCAGCCAUGGAUUCAGUCCCAGAUCUUAUUUCUUUGACAACCCUCGAAGAUAUGACAGUGAUGAUGACCUUGCCUGGAACAUUGCCCCUCAGGGACUUCAGGGAGGUUUUGCUCCAGAUUACUAUGAUUGGGGACAACAAACUAACAGCUUCCUGGCACAAGCAGGAACGUUGCAAGACUCAACUCUGGAUCCUGACAAACCAAGCGUUGGGUAGCAUCAGUUAAGUUUUAUGGACGAUUGCUCAGAUGAAGAGCUUCAGAAAAGUGUAGUGACCGCUGAAUUUUUAGGGCACUUUUCCUUAAGAAAUAGAACUUGAUUUUUAUUUGUUACAGGUUUCCAGAUGGCUCCAGAGGACUAAGCAAUAAUGUAGAUUGAUAAACCCUUAUUUUAGUACUAAAGAGGGAGCCUUGCUAUUUCAGUGGGUAUAAUUUAAACUUUUUAAAGAAAAUCUGUACUUUUAUAAAGAUGUAUUUUAUAUAACUUAAAUAAUAAUGCUAAAGCAUACUAGGGUUUUUUUUUUCUUGAGAAUGUUACUGCAAUUAUGUUGUAGUUUGCACAGAUUUUUAUGCAUAAUUCACUUUAAAAAUAUAGAAUAUAUGGUCUAAUAGUUUUUUAAAGCUUUUGGACUAAAGUAUUCCUCAAAUCUUACCUCUUCAGGUCACUGAUGGUCACUCCGAUUCUGAGUGCCGCAUUGGUAGACUCCUAAAAUACAAUUGACAACUUAGCCAAUUGCAACUCCAGUGUUGAUAGUUAAAAUGAAAUAGAAUAGCAGCAGACUGUAAGGUCUUUAGAGAUUUUUUUUUAAGGUUCAGGCAAUAGGUCCCUCAGAGAAUCUCUUAAGGUUUGCCCAAAGAUUGGUACUUCCUUUCAGUAGGGCGCUAAUGUAUACACAUUAAUGAUAACAAGUUGAUAACAUUAAAAAUGUAGCUGACUUAUCCUAUUAAACCUCCUCUGCUAUAUUCACAGA